CUUGACCAGAGAGCAUUUUACUGUCCUUCUAUCUGCUGUUGUAAGAGAGAAAGUUCUGGAAAGAUGACGGAGGAAGUUAAACAAUCUAUCUAUAAGGGCGUGGACCUCCACUGUAAGACCAAUAACACUGAACACCGCACCAAUGAAAUCACAGCGUAUCAGCUGAUUGUGAGGAGAGGUCAGCCCUUCAACCUGACCCUUAAACUGACGCAACCUUUCAAACCUGAGCUUCACCCACUCCUUCUCGCUGCAGUGACAGGAAAACAUCCAUCCGAGGACCUGGGGACGAUGUCACUCUUCAGUGUCCCCAAUGCCGUGAAGCGUUCACCAACAGCAAAGGCGGUGUGGAAGGCAGAGCUCAACAGUAGCUCCUCCCUCCUACUGGGUAUUGUGAACCUGACUAUUACCCCCCCAGCUAACACCCCAGUAGGAGAGUACCUCCUGACUGCGGUACACAAGAAUGAGGAAUUGUUGCUGACGAAGCUGGUGGUGCUCUUCAACCCCUGGUGCCCCGAUGACUGGGUGUUUCUGUCGGACGAGGAGCAGAGACAGGAGUAUGUGAUGAAUGAACAAGGAAUCAUAUACAAAGGAAGUGGAAACUACAUCUCCUCUAUGAGCUGGGACUUUGGACAGUUUGAAGACAGCAUGGUGGACAUUUGUAUGAGGAUAUUGGACCUCAACCCCAAACACUUUAAGGACCCAGCUGAUGAUACUUCUGCUCGCUGUAACCCCAUCUACGUCGGCCGUGUGGUCAGCGCCAUGAUCAACAGUGAAGAUGACUAUGGUGUCGUGGCGGGACGAUGGGGAGGUCCAUAUUGGGGUGGGGUCGCACCCUCUCACUGGAAUGGCAGUCACGCCAUCCUUAAGCAGUGGUUACAAACCGGCUGCCAGUCGGUCAAGUACGGGCAGUGCUGGGUGUUCGCCGGUGUGAUGUGUUCAGUGAUGCGCCUGCUGGGCAUCCCCUGCCGUGUGGUCACCAACUACGAGUCAGCCCACGACAACAACAGCAAUCUGAUCAUUGACGUGUACCACGCUGACUACGGAGUCAGACAGAAAGAAUCCCCUGACAGUGUUUGGAACUACCACGUGUGGGUGGAGGCAUGGAUGAGGCGGCCAGACCUGUCAGAAGACGGCAAAUAUGAUGGAUGGCAAGUUCUGGAUCCAACGCCACAGGAGAAGAGUGAAGGGGUCUACUGCUGCGGUCCAGCCCCGGUCAAAGCUGUUCUGAAUGGAGACACAGAUCUCAAAUAUGACGUCCGAUUUGUCUUCGCUGAAGUCAAUGCCGACUGUAUUGACUGGCUGGUAAAAGCUGAUGGCACACAUGUGAACAUCUGGUCUGACACUAAGAGAAUCGGUCAAAAUAUCUCCACCAAGUCCAUCGGCUCCAGGAAGAGGUUGAACAUCACGGACUCCUACAAACACAAAGAGGGAACAGACAAGGAGAGAUCUGUCUUUGUACACGCCAGCAAGAAGGAGGCAGUCAAGAAUGAGGGGACGGUCGAGAAUGGUGGGACAGUCGAGAAAAGGGGUACGGAGGGGAACGAGGCAACAAACCCUGAGGCCACACGAACUGUGGAUAAAGUAACCAUAGACACAACGCCUCCACUGCCGCAAGUGUUCAUUCGAUUCGAAGAGGUGUCCAAACCGAUGAAUGGUAAGGAUGUGAGCCUGAAGCUGGUGCUGCACAGUGAGAGCAGUGUUUCCAGGCCGCUGUCCAUCAACAUCAGCGUCCAAGCCAUGAGGUACAACGGCUCCCCAGCUGUGAACAUCCAGGCUGAGGUGAAGGUGGAGACGCUGCUGCCCGGGAAAGAUCUCUCGAUCCCAAUCCUGGUCCCAUUCUCGGCCUACAACAAACACAUGGUCAACUGUGACAGCAUGAAGGUUUCAGUCAUUGUCACCGACAAACAGAACCCCAAGAACAUAUACCUGGCUGAGGAUGACGUUGUGCUGCUUAAGCCUCCGUUCUCUGUCACCGUGUCCAGUCCGGUCAGACUGAACCGCGAGGCAAGUGGGGAGGUGAUUUUCAUGAACCCAGGCAACGAGACGCUGAAGGACUGCACUCUGACUCUUUCUGGAAGUGGCAUCUGGAAAGAUAAAAUUGAAUUCAUGAUUCCAAAUAUGAAGCCAAGCACCCGAAUACGUGUCACGUUCUUCUUCGUUCCCUACAAGACCGGGGAGAAGACUCUCAUGGUGGUCUUCGACUGCUCCACCUUCAGGGACAUCAAGGGCAGCUGCACUUUCAAUGUGGAGCCAUAGAUUUUCGCUGAGUAAGAGCCUCGUAUGUUGACGCGGAAAGUGUUGUAACCCUUUAUGCCGCAUACAUACGCACAAUCUUAGCUGGCUUAAUGAAUCACCUUUUAGAGAAUCUAACAUGUCUUUGGCGCUCAGUACAUUUGUUACAUUCCAGGAAAUACUGACUGUAUCAUAAUUACUUCUGCACUUGUAAUUUACUAUUUUUGUGAAACUAGUUUGUCUUCAUUCAGUGAUUUUUUUUCAAAAGAACAAGAAUAAGCAUGUUGUUUUCAAAUGAAAUGUGGGUGCAGAGUGUAUGAAGAUUGCCAGCUAAGCUCAGUAACAAACCCUGUGCAGUGUUUAAAACGAAGCUGUAGAAAGCCAUUGUGCCAAAGUCCUGAGUUGGACCCUUACUUAAAAUCUCAUUCAAAAAUGAAAAAAGUAAAGAAAAAGAGAUGCAACUUAUGAGCAGUGCCUAGUAGAGAGAAAAUAAUAAAAUAAGUACAGUAAAUAUAUGAAACCCAUUAGAUAUAAUAUAUUUUUUAUUUAUUUAAGGUCUGAGUUAGAGACCAACUGAGUCUGAAUGUUUUAGGUCUGAUACUGAUAACUACCACCAAUAAUCUUCAGGUUCUUCAUCAUUAACAAGUGAACAUCCUUCAGAUUUGCUUACCAAAGAUAUGUGGUGGAUGCCGGGUUUUUUAUGUUGUUUAUGUUGCUGAUGCUGUCUAUAAAGUACUUUAUAUGCACAUUUUCACAUAUUAUGUAAUGUUUGAGCCCAUGCACACUGAUAAAUAGAUAUGUAAUGAACCAGUGUUAUAAACUGUUCCUUUAACACUGGUGGUGACACUCUCAUCAGGAAAUGUAAAGUUUACAGAACGGAAGAAUGCAGCUAAACAAACUAACUGAGCUGAUGUUAAAGUGUCCCCUUGUGGCUAAAUAAGAAAGAGACCAAAUGCUGUUUAAAGUGGACUGUAUCUGUACUUGUUUUAUGGUUGUAUUGAAUAUGUCUGCAACAAGCACAAA